ACCCCUAUUCUAGCCGGACUCACGGACCAUUUCACGGACGAUAACUUGACCUGGAGGGCUGAAUGCAUAGGUGUCGCGGCCCUUGCAAUGCGGAAAGAUGACCGCCUUUGAAAUCGAUGCGAAGUCAAGCUCGCAGAGUCCAAAUCUGAAGCGACAUACUCUGGGCAACUUGGCUAGGGAUAAGAAGCUUAUGCUGGAGCAGCACAAGAUCGAUAGCACAUAUCUGAACGUCAGAGUCUUCGUAACCCUAACCCGUCACAAACACACCCACGCAAUCAGAAAUGUCGACGUCUGCCAAGUUUCCUGCCGAUUUCCAUUGGGGAUACGCGACCGCUUCAGCGCAAGUUGAGGGUUCAAUCUCUGCGGAUGGCAAGAGCCCCAGCAUCUGGGAUACAUUCUCCUCCGACCCCGCUCACAGCGAAGACGGCGGGAACACCUCGACAGCGACCGAGACCUACACGAAAUGGCAGGAAGACAUCGCCUUGAUGAAAUCCUACGGCGUCAACUCAUACAGGUUGUCCUUGAGUUGGACCCGGAUCCUACCCGAUGGUGUCGCUGGGUCAAAGGUGAACAAGGCCGGGGUGGAGUGGUACCGUAAAGUGCUCAAAGGCUUGCUCGAAGCUGGGAUCACCCCUUUCGUCACCUUGUUCCACUGGGAUCUCCCUCAAGUCUUGCAAGACAAGUACCUCGGCUUCUUGUCCUCUGAGAUCGUCCCAGACUUUGAGAACUACGCUAGGGUCUGUUAUCGAGAGCUCGGAGACCUCGUCCAGUAUUGGUUCACGAUCAACGAGCCCAACGUCUACUCUCUACUCGGCCACGCUAUCGGCAAACACGCCCCUGGGCGUUCUUCUGACCGAAACAUCUCCCCGCAAGGGGACUCUCAAACCGAGCCUCUGAUUGUCGGCCACAACCUCUUGCUAGCUCACGCUUCUGCCGUCAAGGUGUAUCACGAUGAUUUCGCAUCGAGUCAGGGGGGCAAGAUCGGGCUGGUUGUGAAUAUGCUUUGGGGAGAACCUCUGACCGACUCGGCUGAAGACAAAGCCGCCACCGAAAAGUUCUUGGCAGUGUACAAUGGGUGGUUCGCCGAACCGCUAGUCACUGGCGACUAUCCGGCCUUGUUCAAAGAAGUACACGGCUCUCGCUUGCCUGCUUUUACGGACAAUCAGAAGGCGUUGGUCAAGGGGUCUAGCGAUUUCCUAGCCAUCAACCACUACACCACCAACAUGGUCCGAGCGGCCGAUUCAUCUGCCGCUCCGACAACGGGACCGCUCAGCGCCUUCCUGCCCGGGAUCGAGAUCGGUUUCGAGGACAAGGACGGGAAACCGAUCGGACCUGCCGCAGGACUUUCGUGGGUCAGACCCGUUCCUUGGGGGUUCGGCAAGCUGUUGGACUGGGCUCACAAGAGUUACGGCUUGGACAUAUACAUCUCCGAGAACGGGGUCGUCUGUCCCAACGAAAACAGGCUCUCUCGGGACGAAGCCUUGCAAGACGAUUUCCGUGUCAACUACCUGAGCACCUACGCCGAUCAGAUCGCACUCAAAAUCGAACAAGGCGUGCCUGUCAAGUCUUACCUCAUGUGGGCGUUUACCGACAACUUUGAAUGGCAAGAAGGUUACACAGCCCGGUUCGGCGUCACCUGGAUCGACUAUCAAGACGACUGCAGACGUUACCCGAAGAAAUCCGCUGGGUAUAUGCGCAAUUACUUUGCCGCCCGGCUGGCUCGUUGAAACCUUCAUGUGGUCGAUCUGAGUCCAUCGUCUACCAGUACAGUAUAGCAGAUGUAUCUUGCUUGUAUAGGCACGCCGUGUGUAUUACAUCAAAGUCAUUCGAAAA